AUGAAGAGUCUGCACCUGAAGAAGCUGGCGGGGGUGGGCGAGAAGAUGCGAACCUGGGGCAAGUCGUCGGACAGCGACCACGGCGGCCACCACCAUUCCUCACAUCACCACCACCAUUCCCACUCCCAGCCCCCGCCCCACCAGCACCAUCCACCUCCCCCUCUGCCGCCUCGCGCGACUUCUCCGCCGCCGCCCGACGAGUUUACUCUGGGCAGCUGCGCCGAUGAGGGUCUUGAUAUCGAUGCCUUGGCCGACCAGCCCGCGCUGCUCGGCAGCCCACCGCCAUCGUCAAGCUCGUCGUCGAGCGACGUCGAUCCGUGGGAACCGCCCACAUCCACCCCCGACGCUACCACAACGACAGUGGGCAGCAGUGGGCACGAAGAAGCUACGAACCUGCUCGACGACACACCACUGCUGCCCGAGCUCCCGCCCCUCCCGCGGCCAAGCACCAGCAAGCGGAGGAGCAGCGUACCCCACAUCCUGAGCCGACGUAGCCGCGAGGCGGAGCGCUCAUCGCCGCCUACAACGGCUCCCGACCUCCUGCUACUCGACAUCAACGGCGGCGGCCACCAGCAGCAUCAGCAGGGCACGGGCCAUGGGGCGGUGAUGACUUCCGUGGGGUCGGCGACGUCGGGCGAGAAGGGCCAGCGGCUCGAGGAGAAGAUCAAGGAGCUCAAGUUGAAGGACCUGGCGCUGAGGGAGGACCGAAACAAGGAGAGGGAGAGGCGGAAGGAGGCCGAACACCAGCUCAAGGCCGCCCAAAAGGAGCGCUACAUACAAGGGUUGAAGGUGAAGUACCUGGAGACGAAGCUGGAGAAGGUCGGGGGCAACAAGUCUGAUAUGGAGAAGCGAGUGAGGAAGGAGAGCCAGGCCAAUGCGUCGCUGCAGAAGGAGGUCGACGUGCUGCGCUCCAAGCUGGCUGAGCGCGAGCGCGCCCUGGCGGAGAGGGACGACGGGCUGGGUAGGCUCAAGCGGCAGUACACCCGCCUCAAGAACGGGGGAAGCGACGACUGCUCGCUAGAGGAGCUCGAAGAGCUGGAGAAGGUGCUCGACAAGAGUAGGAAUACAGUAGUCGAGCGGAUCAAGCAGAAGGUGAAGGAGGAAGUAGAGGACAAGUCCAAGUGCCUGAUAUGCUUCGACAGCAAUCAGGUGAAGAACUGCCCCAUCUGCCGAGCCAACAUCGAGAUCAAGCAGAAGGUGUUCGAGUAG